UAUGUCGGAACCGUAAGUAAAUCUCAACAACAUUCAUCUGCUAAGUGAUGCAAGAAAAAUAUGACUGGAAAAGAAGCAAACAAAUCAUGCUGAAAAAGUCAGCACAUAUAUUGGAAGGCGCCUUUAUCAAUAAGAAAAAGUUCAACAAUUUGGCAAAUGGAACAUCAGAGAUAUUUAUAGUAUUGGUUAAACUGGAAAAUGACAUGUUCCAAGACAGUGGUCAAGCAUCCAUGAAUUUAACAGAGUUGUUGACAACUUCAAAGGUUGAAAAAGUUGAGUUUAUCACGUUAUCAAAUAAAGGGAAUUAAGGAAUCAAUUUGCCAACUUCAACAUGACUUCUUCAAUUGCAUGUAUAUGUGUGUAUAUAUAAACAACAUUUCGCUCAAGUUUCUAGUAAGUAGCAAGCUGUCAAGACAUUUCAUAAACAGAAAACAAACAUGGGACUCUUUGGAAGAAAAUUCAAGGCAUCAAAAGUUGCAAAACUAGCUAAGCUUGCCAUCUCAAGGAUUUCCAUUCUCAAAAACCAAUACCAAGUUAGGUGUUCACUCGCCCGUUCUGAUGUUUCUCAACUUCUUCAUCUUGGUCGCCAUGAAGAUGCCCUUCAUCGAGUUGAGCUUGUUAUCAAGGAACAGAACACUGUCGAUGCACUUGCAAUGAUGGAGAAGUACUGCCAUCUCCUAAUAGAAAAAAGGGUGCUGAUAAAAACUAAAGGGGAAUGCCCUGACGAGCUCGCGGAGGCAAUCUCAAGCUUGAUUUUUGCAGCUUCAAGAUGGGGAGAAUUCCCAGAGCUGCAUGAAGUUCGUGAGAUUUUCACCUCAAGAUAUGGGAACGAAUUUGCUGCUCAAUGUGUUGAAUUAAGAAAUAAUUGUAGUGUGCAGCCAAAGAUGAUACCCAAGCUAUCAAAAUGUCACACAGGGUCAGGGAAAAGACGCGAUAUGCUUAAUGAUAUUGCUGCUGAUUGUGGUAUCACUCUGCGUAGAGGAUGAGACUUCUCAGAUAUCACAAUCAACACCAGAGGUUAACAGUGAAAAUGAAUGUGCUGAAGGUGAAGAGGUAUCUGAACAAGACACAAACGGGGCUCCAGUUAUCAAAUUGGAAGGUAGUCGGAUAGUAUGAAAUGCCCGAUGCUUUUCCUAUCAACAGCAGCAAUACUAGCAAGAAUUGUUUGGAUAUCCAGGCAUGGCUGACUAGCAAUCAUUUCUAAAAUUAUGCAACCAUAACACAUUCGAUAGGGACAAAGUUGCGAACGGAUGCCACAGGGCUCGGAAAAAAGUAGACAAGGUUCCUAGGAAGACGACAGCGCAGCUCAUGUUGCAGAAGAUAUUCAGGGAUGAAUUGCUACCUCCAAUCAUCAUACUCGUUUAUGCUGCAUCGAGCACCUACCUUUCUUCCUAUACUUUGAUUAGCUAGGCAGUUUCUUGUGUCUGUAUGUUUGGGGUGGAGGAAGGUGGGGUGAGGUCUUAGCUUUAUGUUCAAGUGAGAUUAUGUCUGAGGAUAAUUUAUGCACACAGAAAACAUACACGUAGAUGUAGAUCAGUAAACAAUCAGAUAUGUUCUGCAGAACAUGAGAUAAUACAUUUACUUCAUUCUCGCUAAUAAAUAACUUAAUUUCCCUCUACAAUUCCUCAAUUCCAAUUUGUAAUAGCCAAGUACGUCUAAAUUUCUUGUCAUGCUAAAAGAAAAUCAACC